GUAACGCGCCAACAAAUACUAUAAACGUAAACGUAAACCACGCAUUGAAUCCCAAACCGCGUUGAGUAGUGAAUCGACCACGUGUUCCCGACAUGGUCCCAACCCCCAAAAUGCCCCGCCACUAGCCCCAGCACCAUGACCUCCGGCUCGCGCCCCAACGGAGACGUCGGCGACGCCGACGGCGCCGUCAAACUCAAGCGGAAAAUCACAUUGUUGAAUGGAGUCGCGCUCAUUAUCGGCACCAUCAUCGGCAGCGGCAUCUUCGUCUCCCCCACCGGCGUCUACCUGAGCACCAGGUCGGUGGGCGUCUCCAUCAUCGUGUGGUGCCUCUCGGGGAUCUUCUCCACCUUGGGCGCCCUCUGCUACGCCGAGUUGGGCACCUCCAUCACCAGGUCCGGGGGCGACUAUGCCUACAUCUACGUCGCGUUCGGGCCUUUGGCCGCGUUCUUGCGCCUCUGGAUCGCUCUACUGAUUAUCCGGCCCACCACCCAGGCCAUUGUGGCCCUCACCUUCGCACAGUACGCCGCCAAGCCCUUCUUCGACGACUGCCAGCCUCCGGAAAACGCCGUCAGGUUUUUGGCGGCGGCCUGUUUGUGUCUUCUGACGGCAGUUAAUUGCCUGAGCGUCAGAUGGGCUAUGCGAAUACAAAGCGUCUUCACCGCAGCUAAGCUAUUAGCCCUGAUUGUGAUCAUUCUCACAGGACUUUACGAUGUAGCAAUUAAUGGUCACACUGAGAAUUUCGAAAAUGCGUUUGAGGGAAAUUACGAAAUUUCCCAACUCGCACUCGGAUUCUACUCCGGAUUGUUCGCUUUCGGAGGCUGGAAUUUCCUCAAUUUUGUAACGGAAGAACUCCAAGAUCCGUACAAGAACCUCCCUCGUGCCAUAUGGAUCGCCCUUCCCAUGGUGACCGGCGUGUACGUCCUUGCGAACGUCGCCUAUUUCGCCGUGUUAUCAGGAAUGGAAAUUGAAAGUUCGCCGGCUGUUGCGGUCUCCUUCGGCCUCAAAAUGUUCGGUUCUUUCCACUGGCUAGUUCCAAUCUUCGUCGCUUUGUCCACUUUUGGCGGAGUUAACGGAAUUCUGUUCACCUCUUCGCGGCUGUUCCUCACAGGAUCUCAAGAAGGACAUCUCCCCGACUUAUUCUCCUUCAUUCACGUUAAACGCAUGACCCCCAUACCCUCACUGAUAUUCACAUGUGUAACCUCUUUAGCAAUGCUUCUAGUCAGUGAUGUCUUCGUUCUGAUAAAUUACUACGGACAAAUAUUAUGGUUUUCUGUGGCGGCAAGCAUUGCGGGAAUGUUAUGGCUGAGAUACAAGCAACCCGAUAUGCCAAGGCCGAUUAGAGUGAACAUGAGUAUCCCAAUAAUAUUUUUGUUCUGUUGCGCGUUUCUUGUGAUAUUCCCCAUACCCUCGCAGCCGUGGAACACAGUCAUUGGAGUGGCCAUCACGCUGUCAGGCAUCCCUGUGUAUUAUUUAUGCGUCAAGUGGCAAAAUAAACCGGAAAAAUUCAACCAAACUUCGCGAAAAUUGACGGAAAUACUCCAGAGUAUUAUGAACGUGACUUCACCACAAGCGGAACAAACACUGUCCCAUUCUUAAUUUAUUUCAAUUGUAGGUUUAUUUAUAAAAAUUAUAAUUUUUUACAGUGUCGUAUUUGCAAAAAUACCUGUAUGGCAGUAUAA